AUGCGCCAGCGCUCCAAUUCUGCGACUUCCGAGGAUCUGGACUACCUUGCAGAUUCCUCUGAACUUCAUCUUCAUUUCGAUAAUAAGAGUUUUGAGGAUACUUUCAAUGAGAACGAGUUUAUAGAUAUGGUUUUGAACAGAAGAUCCGAUCGAGGACACGAGAGCGCGUUUGGGCGAGCUCUGCAAGCCCGCGAAAAAGAGUACAAAGAAAACGAUGAGCCGGUUCUUGACUUCCAAACGCCGAUACCCAACUCUGUGGCAUCGUCCACUCCGAGGGUGGUUCCGCCGCAGAAUGUUGGAAUACUUCAGAGCCAUCACAGAAACGUUUUAAAUGAACGUCUUGACAGUGCAAAAUCGGAACCAAACCAGGUUCAGAAGCUGGUGGUUAAAUUUGAUGAUACCGUUCAGGAUAAAGAGAACCAUCACUAUGUUCAGAAACUCAAAUCUUUACAGACAGAAAAGGAUCAGCUUGAAACUAAGAUGGAGGAGUUGAGCUCGCAGAAUACCAAACUAACAAGCGAUCUGGAUGCGAAGAACAAAGAGAUAGAAGAUCUGCAUAAAAGAAUAGACUCCCUGAUAGACAGCCGAAGUGUUAUCCAGAAAGAGCUGGACUCUUUUAAGGAAAUGAUUUUGGGUAGGGAAGAAUUACAAAAGGAUCUUGACUCACUGCGGAAGUCGAAAGAGUCGUUGGAACUGGAGAAUGAAAAUUUGAAGACCGCUGCGCAGGACCAGAAGACCAAAUUACUCGAUUCGGAGAAGGAGAACUCUGAGCUUGAGAUGAAAUUAAAGGAACAAAUUGACUUAGUUGCCAAGUUGACCGUGGAAAAGGAAACAGCCGAAGCUGAGGCAGGUGAGCUCCACGGAGUAAGUGCAGAUCUGGAGAACGUCAAGAAAGAGCUAAAUAUCUCUCUUGAGCAGAACCAAACCUUAAAGAAAGAGAAGGAGAGUCUACGGGUAGACUUGGAGGAUAAGACGCAAAAGGUUUUGAGUUCUGAGAAGCUCAGAUCUGAAAUUUCCGAGCAGCUGGACACAUAUAAAAUACAGACAGAAAAGGAGAAAGGACAUCUUUCGUCGGAUUUGCAUGAAGCACGAAACCAUAUAGAUCAAUUGCUGGAAGAACAGCAGCAUUUGACCAAACGACUGGAAGAUUACGAAUAUCUCAUUGAGUCGCUCAAAUUAGAGAAUGAAAAGCACGCCGCCAAGCACGGAGAUCUGAACUCCCAGCUAACAAAAGAAGACCUAAAGAACUAUGCGUUAUUGAAGCUUGAACAGAUUGACUCAAUGACGUUUGUGGAACUUGCAAACAGUAUGAAACAGCUGCUUCACUCGUUUGGUAUUCGCUACCAGAACUUUGGUCCUUACUUCCAUUUCUUAAGACAGUCGUUCGACUACUACGAGCAAUUCGCGUUGAACUUGCACGAACUUCUGUACAACGAGAAGCCAAUGAACCCCGAACUGCUCAUUUCCCAAAACCUACGCAAGUUCUCGCCCGCUAAUGUCAAGAACCUCAAGCGCUGUCUACAAGGGAUGCUGGAUGCGGUGGACACCCGAAUGUACGGACAAUAA